CGGUUUCUGCUGGCGACCGUUUGAACUGCAAGUUUGGCUCGGCGUCGUGUUGUUUCCAUAGACGCCACUUUGUCAGACUAAAAACACAGCUUUUAGAUUUAAAAAAAGUGGGCUGCCAAUAACGGACUCUCAUAGAACCCGAGCCCAUCUGCAGUUAUGUCUCUUCCUCCGGAGAAGGCCUCUGAGCUGAAGCAAAUCAUUCACAAUCAUUUGAUGAAGAUGGAUAUCUAUGGAAAAAUCCGAGAGGUGCUGUCUGAGACUUUGAGGGAGGACCACGGUCCAGCACAACGAGUCCUGUCUGAGGACGACUUCCUCAAUGCACUGCAGCGCCGGGGCAUUAUUGAUGACGUGAUGAAGGACAUACGCUUGUCACAGCAGAAGCACGCACACGGAGACACAGGAUCUCCUUCAAAAGGUCUCCCUCUCUUGACAGACAAACAGAACAUCCAGAUGACAAAAACCAGUAUCGACCCGUCCAGACGUUACUUGUAUCUGAAAGUGCUUGGUGGUAAAGCCUUCUUGGAGCACCUCCAGGAGCCAGAGCCUUUACCUGGUCAGGUGUGCUCCACGUUCACGUUAUUCCUGCACUUCAGAAAUCAGAGGUUUCACUCCAAGCCGGUACCGUGUGCUUGUGAACCUGACCUGCAAGAGGGCUUCCUCUUCCAUAUCCACACAGAUGGCGCAGAAAGCAAUAAGAUGGCAGAUGCAACAACGAUGCUGUCCAUUCGCGACCCAAUUCACUUGGUGCUGAUCAAGACUGACACCUCCAGUGAGACGACGCUGGUGUCUUCCUACUUGUUGGACUGGAGGACAGUCCUUAGCUCACCUUCUGGGAAGACCAGCCUGGCUGUAGAGUUGAUGGGAGUGGGAAGUGAAUGCAAGUUGCCGGCUGGUGUUUUAACCAUCGAUCUAGAGCUGUAUCCUCCCCUCACAGAGACACUGAGCCAUGACAUCGUUAGCACACAGCGAACAAUAGAAAAGCAGAGGAUAGCAGAGAGGGAAAGGGUCUUCCUGGUUUAUGCCAAACAGUGGUGGAGGGAGUUUCUUGAAAUCCGCUCAUCAAACGAGUCCAAAAUGGUCAAAAUAUUUGCACAGGAUGAGAAUGGCAUCAACAGGCCAGUGUGUUCCUACGUGCGGGUCCUGCGGGCUGGCCGACUGCUCGAGAGCCCUCGGCAGGCUGCCCGCUUCGUCAGCCUCCUAGCACAUGAAAAGGCCCCGGUGGUGGGAGGAGGAGACAAGCAUGAGCAGUGGUGCACUUUACUGGCUUUCCUGUGUCGAGGGAAGGGAGACUGUGAGGACCACUCGACCCUGUUGUGCAGCCUCCUGUUGGGUUUCGGCCUUGACGCGUAUGUGUGUGUGGGCACCAAAGCAAAGGGCACACCUCACACAUGGGUUCUCACGCAAGGUACAGAUGGGAGUGUAACUUUCUGGGAGAGCCUGACUGCGCGCAGAUACCUUCAUCAGACCAUAGACCCCGACGCCCCACCCAUGGCCUCACAGUCGAAACCCUCAUACCCCUAUCGCACGGCGGGCUGCGUCUUCAACCACCAGAGCUUCCUGGCCAAUUGUCAGCCCUCUGACUCUGUGGAGCUGUGUGUCUUUGACCUCCGGAACCCAUCUCGGUGGAAAGCGAUGAGUGAGGAGGCUCUCCAGUCUGUUUGUGACUCUGGCGCCACCAGCUCGCUGCCUCCUCUGCCUCCGCUCAGCUCCUCAUCUCUCGUUUCUUCUGCCGCCAGCAAUCAGCUUGAGCUGGAGAUGAGGUACCUGAUCUCCGAGUACAGGAAGGACUUGAACCUUACGACAGUCUGGGACGACAACCUGUCCUAUCUGUUGUCCUCAGCGUUAUCAGCCUACGAGAUGGAGCGCUGCAAUGGGAUCUCCUGUGGGAAUGAGGAAUUUCAGGAUGCAGUACGGCGAGCGGUCCCGGACGGGCACACCUUUAAAGGCUUCCCCAUCCACUUCCUGCACCGCAAUGCCCGAAGAGUCUUCGCCACAUGCCUUAAGUCCCCGUUCUGUGAAGAGAUAGUGUGUUGCCGUGGUGACCAUGUGAGGCUGGCUGUCCGUGUCCGAGUCUUUAUUUAUCCAGAGAAUGUUUGUGCGGUGUGGUUCAUGUUUGCUUGUAAGUAUCGCUCUGUUCUCUGACCACUCUCAGCCUGUUCAAUGCACCUUUUAAAAAAUAUGAUUAUUUUUACACUAUUUUGAAAAAAAUAGUCAUUUUAACGGUUUCAAUGGUAAUCCAGACAGGGUUUUUUCAAAGGUUGCUUACAUUGGAGUCCAAUAAACUUGUUAGUACACUAGACUGUAUUUAUAUCAAUUUGUAAAUAAAUAAAGUGUUUUACUUUUUAAGUGUUAGUAG